AUGACCAUAGUGCUCGCAUUGGCAUUUUUAAACCCAACCCUAAAAUACUCUUCUAAUUUACCCACACUUCCACCACUACGGAUAACGGAUAUAUCUCCUAUUCCAAAAAAUCCUAUUAGUGCCCUUAGUGACCAUAAUUGGAAAAGUGCAAUGUUGGAUGAAUUUAAUGCUUUAAUUGAUAAUAAGACUUGGGAAUUAGUGCCUAGACCUCCUAAUGUGAAUGUAAUUCGGUCUAUGUGGAUUUUUCAUCACAAAUAUAAAUCUGAUGUUUCUUUUGAGCGCUAUAAAGCUCGUCUUGUAGGUGAUGGGAAUACUCAGCAGCAGGGUAUUGAUUGUGAUUUGUUGAAAGAAAUGGCUUGA